CGCUGGUUAGCCGGCCUGUAGGGCUAAAGUGAUUUUAGUAGAAUCUCUACGGUUGAACAAAAUUUAGCGCCAAUGUAUUGAAUAAAGUUGCGUUUUUCGCGUAUACUUUGCAUUGUUAUUAUUUGAUUGUAUCGGAUGUACCCCACAAAUUAGUGAUAUCGUUGUGGGAAUAAUUUUAAUAUGCUUUUUUUUUGUUUUCUGCCUCGAUCAAGUUUAGACAAUAACGAUAAUGAAAAUCUUAGUUUCACCGUAUUUAGUUUUGUUCUCUGUGCUGUUGUCGGCAACAUAUGCCAUCAAAUGUUAUCGCUGCAAUAGCCUUGACGAUUCCGCCUGCUUUCAUUUUAAUUCCGAGUCCAACCGAAACCAGAACGAUUCAGUGAAACCGAAUUCCCAGUUGGAAACGUUUCUGCAGGAGUGUGGCCGAGAUGACAAGGGAAGGGAACCUUUCUGUCGAAAAAUUUCGAUUACUAUUCUGAACAAUAAACACCAGCGGGUGAUUCGGGAAUGCGGGUAUGAAAGAUCAAAGAACAACUGCUAUAAGGCUGACAACGAGGAUCACCUGGAAACGGUUUGCCAGUGCUGGACGGAUGAAUGCAACAGAGCUAUCGGAUUGGAGUACAAACUGACUGCUUUUAUAGCCAUCAUUAUUUCAUUCAAAAUAUUAUCAAAGGCUAAUUUAAUAAAAAUGUUGUAAAUGAUUAGAAUAAUUGAAUGAUAAUGUUAACAUUGUAGAUUGCAAAAAAAAACUUUAACUUUAACAUUCACGCUAACCUAAAAAAAUGAACAGGUGAGCAAAAUACAUCUAGAAUUAUUAAAUACACAUUGGAAACAAAGAAGCUGUACUUGAUGAUUGAAAAGAGUGUCAGUUAGUCAUGUAGCGUUUACACUAUUGCUGGUUGCCAGCAUGCUGGUGCCAGUGUACUGCCCUCUUAGGAAAAAAAACGUUCAACGGUGGUCCUUCGUUGGUCUAAUACGUUGGA